AUGAAGCAAUUCAAAGAAAUUCAUGCCCAGCUCGUCGUCAAGAGCCUAAGCCAUCCAUCACCCUCUCUAAGACCCAUAAUCUCCUUCUCCGCUCUCGACCCCUCCGGUGAAAUAAACUACGCUCUCCUCCUUCUCCUCUUCAGGACCUCGCUUGCUUCUUCGGUUUUUCUCUUCAACACUGUAAUAAGAGGCCUCGCUCGUGUGAUCCAUGGACGCCCCGGUUUCGGCUGGAGCUCGUUGCUUGUGUUAAACCGCAUGGCCGAGCUCAAUCUUGCUCCUAAUAACUUCACUUUCACUUUUCUCUUUCAGGGUUUCUCGAAUUGUUGCGCAUUUGAUCUGGGUAGGCAGUUCCAUGGGAUGUUAAUCAAGAAAUCUUUGGUUAUGGACGUUUUUGUUCGCAAUUCAGUCAUUCAGUUUUACUCAGUUUGUGGGGAAAUGAAUUCUGCCAGGAGGGUAUUUGAUCAAAGUGAUGAAAUUGACAUUGUUUCUUGGAAUUCUAUAAUUAAUGGGUAUGUUAGAAACGGAGAUAUGUCCGAGGCUCUGAACCUGUUUGACAAAAUGCCUAAGAGAAAUGACGUAUCUUGGAAUAGCGUACUUGGCGGUUUGGUAAAGUUUAGUUUUUUGGACGAUGCUUAUAGGUUAUUCAUGGAGAUUCCACGGAGAACUUUGGUAUCUUGGGUUGUCAUGAUUUCUGGUUAUGCUCAAAAUGGCCGGCCAAAAGAAGCUCUGGCUCUGUUUAGAAGUAUGCUAUCGAUGGAUCAGGAAGCAAACUCUGCAAUUUUAGUUAGUGUACUCUCUGCGUGCGCGCAAUUAGGUGCUUUGGAGCAUGGUAAUUGGGUUUACUCUUAUAUCCAGAAAAAACAUGUCAUAAUUGAUUCAAUACUUUCUGCAGCCCUGAUUGAUAUGUAUGCCAAAUGCGGCACCAUUGAUCUUGCAAUGCAAGUGUUCAAUUCCUCAAAAGUGAAGUGUGUUUCCACCUACACUACUGCAAUAUAUGGAUUGGCAAUGAAUGGUCGUAGCAAGGAAGCACUUCAACUAUUUGACCAUUUGAGGGCUGGAGGAAUUUCACCAGAUAGUAUCUCUUAUAUUGCAGUAUUAAGCGCUUGUAGUCAUGAAGGGUGGGUUGAUAGGGGUUUUCACUAUUUUAAUUCAAUGUUAGAUGCUGGAAUUAGACCAGAGUUGGAUCACUAUGCCUGCAUGGUUGACCUUCUAGGCCGUGCUGGUUUGCUUGAAGAAGCAGAGCAAUUAAUUAUUUCGAUGCCGAUUAAACCAGACAGUGCAAUAUGGGGGGCGCUCCUUGGUGCUUGCAGGGUUCAUGCUAAUGCUGAAAUGGGUCGCAGAGUUGGGAAUCUAUUGAUACAAUCUGAUAAAAACCAUGAUGGACGCUACAUCCUACUAUCUAAUAUUUAUGCAGAGUCCAUGAAAGGAGAAGACGCUGAAGAAGUCAGGAGAACCAUGAGAAAAAGAAAAAUAAAGCGGGUUCCAGGGUGUAGUUUAAUUGAAGUAGAUGGAGUUGUUCAUGAGUUUUUGGCUGGAGAUAAAUCGCAUGAGAAGACAGAGGAUAUCUACCGUGUGUGGGAUGAAGUUGUAAAGGAGAUUAAGAAACUUGGCUACAUUGCAGAGACUAGAAAGGUUGCGUUCAACAUAGAAGAGGAGGAGAAAGAAACUCUCAUUGGAUACCAUAGUGAGAAGUUGGCCGUGGCUUUUGGCUUAAUUUGCACAGAGCCUGGAUCAUUAAUACGCAUUGUAAAGAAUAUUAGGAUAUGCAAUGAUUGUCAUUCUGCAAUUAAGCUUGUCUCAAAGGUUUUUAAAAGAAAAAUCUCUGUUCGUGAUCGGAAACGCUAUCAUCAUUUCGAAGAUGGACAAUGUUCCUGCAUGGAUUACUGGUAA